CCUUCCAGUGGCGGCGAUCUCUCCAAGCUUCAGCUCGAGAACGCAAUCACAUCUCAGAGUUCGAGGAUCCGCGCCUCGACGUGAAGCUUUAGUAGAAAUGAAGUGAAUGUACACUUCGGUCCAGCUCCAGCAUGUGUAGCAAAAUCAGAAGCAGAGAAGUCCUUUCAUCAUGAAUGCUUCGACACCGAAACCUGUUUGGUUUCGUCGACAGUUCAGACUAGUGCAGAGGAGAAGACCAAUUUCACAGGGAGUUGAUGGCUUCACGGGCAAUCGAUCCUCAGUCCAUCAAACUGAUUUGGAAACUGAAUUUGGAAACUUUGGCUUUUUCACAGGCGGUCCAGAAAUGGCUGUACUUUUCUGAACAGAUGGCUGGAGAAAGAGCUGAGAACAUCCUGACCUCAGUCAGUCAAGUAGAUCUGUAUCUUGGAUCCCGGUGGUUUAAACUAUUGAGGACGAAGGUGUGCAGAAGGAUACUCCUUGAUGCUAUAAGACCCUUAGGUUUUGGAUUGCUUCAAAUUCCUCUACUAGAAUUAUCGGAAAUUUGGUUCCGAGUAGAUAGAAAAAUUCAUAUGCAUUGAAGGCAUAGGAGAGGAAAUCCAAGCUCAGUCUGAGGCCUGCCGUAUCCACUCAUAUCUCUAACCUGCACUUAUGGGACCUAUAUAUCAUCCUCGGACAGAGCAUCGUUGCAACAGACACAAGGUUUUAUCGUCUUCUGUAGUUCAGAUCGAGGUUCACCCUUUCCUAUGACUCUCGUAUUUCCUCGAUAGGCAGUUUGCAUUUACUCGAGUUCCUGGAUGAGCGCAUUCCGUUUAUGACGAAGAAUCUGCUCUAAAACUUGACGUCUUCCAGUGGAAUAGUAAUAUGACAAGUCUGACCUGCAACGCACCCAUUCCCCCACAUUGUUUGUGCUUGAGGUCUGUCUUGUUGCGAUUCGGAGCCUUUGGUGGCUUCAUUCAGUGUGCUCUGGUACAUGUUCCUCAAAGCCAAGCGGAGGAGGCUGCAUGAUGUGGCAUUUCAUGCCACCCUCCUUUCAUUUCCGUGCAUUUCUUUUCUUACCCUCUUCCCCCAGCCCCCAACAUCAAUGGCCGUCCAGUAAGACAGCAUGCAUAUCUCUUGGCAGUAUUUCAUAUUCCUCGCACGAAAUCAGGGAUGUGCCAAGCACACAGAAGUAAGACGAUAGAUCCACUCAUUGCGAAAACGACUGCAUGAUUGGAGAGAUAGGAAGAGCAAAGCCUUGGAAGGCUGCAGAUGGACAUGAACAUGCGGGACUCACGGACGGAGUGAGGG